AUGGGCCUUUUGCUGUUUUUCAAAAACGAAAAGGAUCCCAGCCAGCAGAUCCAGGACGCCGGCUUUGACAUUUCCGAAUGUUCGCACGAUUGUGAGUCCUGCUCAACUUCUUUCCCAUCGAGCCUCAAGUUCGAAGACGACGCUCCUUUGUACGGAUCAACAAAGCCGUAUGGGUUGCAGGUUGUCGUGUCCACGAACAAAACAGACUGGCCUCACGAUGCCCUUGGACAGCUGGGAACAUUGGCACAUGCGCUCGAUUCUUGGGCAUCUUCGGCCAAGUUCGAAGGUCUCGGCGAAUCGGCGAAAAUCAAAGUCAACACGAGCUCGCUCAGCCUGCCCAAGUUUGAAACGGACCAGGAGUACGUCGACGAAAAAAGGGGCGAUGUGCUUCUCUUACCCUUUUUCGUAUGGGUCAAGAACAUCACUGUGGCCAACUGUGCGCAGGUGCUAGAUAAGGUUGUGCCCGACUUGGUUCUGUUCAGAGACGCCCAAAAGGACACUCUCCCGCUUCUGUCGUAUGCGGAAUUUCCCGACGUGGAAAUCGUCGCCGAUGGGAAUAAAGCAUACAUUUUCAUGUGCUCGCAUAGAACUAGAGACAAGCGGUGUGGAGUCACUGCGCCAAUCAUGAAGAAGGAAAUGGAGUUGCACUUGAGAGAUUUGGGUCUUCAUAGAGAUUUCUCUGAUCUGCGCCCGGGAGGAGUGACAGUGGCCUUCAUCAACCACAUUGGAGGACAUAAGUUCGCCGCUAAUGUUAUCAUAUACUUGAAGAAGUCGGGCAAGAACAUUUGGUUGGCCAGAUGCAAACCUAAUAACGUGGUGCCAAUUAUAGACGAGUGCAUUGUUCACGAUGGAAAAGUCUGGCCCGACAAGGUAAGACAGGUGCAGAAAUUCAAGCCUGUGGAAUGGUAA